AGAUACCCAUCGAAGAACUACCGAUAUUUAUCGACCGGUUAAAUUAAGUCGGACCUAUGUAAAAGGAUAAUGGAUCCGUUAAUUUAUUCGUGUGGAGCGUUACGAAUACGUGUUUCCCUUGAGAUUUACACCUAUGCUUUACAUGGCCACCACGUGUCGUCGACAAACCCUCCCUAGAUACAUGUCACCAUCACUGCCCCGAAUCAUGAGGGAGCCAACAAAAUCAAAAAAGAUAAAGAGAACAAAUGCAAAUCCAACGCUAUAACUAUUUUCUGCUAUUACUGAUAGCAUCAUCGUUGUUGAAUCCAUCAUCAGCAAGCAAACAAUCCAGUUUUUGUAGCAGCGAAGAAGUUUUUCUCGAGUCGAAUCCAAUGGCAACUCUUGGGGGUAUAAAGGAUUCACCUGCUUCCAACAGCGCCGAGAUCGAUGGUCUCGCUCGUUUUGCCGUCGAUGAGCAUAACAAAAAAGAGAAUAAAAUGUUGGAGUUGGCAAGGGUGGUAAAGGUGCAAGAGCAAGUGGUUUCUGGGACUUUGCAUCAUCUUACUUUGGAGGUUGUUGAUGUGGGUGAGAAGAAAUUAUAUCUAGCCAAAAUCUGGGUGAAGCCAUGGUUGAACUUUAAGGAACUUCAAGAAUUCACACAUAUUGGUGAUGCCACCUCCACUUCACCUAAUCUUGAUGUCCAAAAAGAUGAUGAGUCGAUGACUAUUCAUGGAGAUUUCCAGGAUGCUGCAAAUCAUGCCCUCAAGACACUGCAACAAAGGUCUAACUCGUUAUUUCCUUACGAACUUCAAGAAGUCGUUCACGUAAAAGCAGAGACUGUUGAUGGAACUGCGAAAUAUGAUCUGGUGUUGAAGGUGAAAAGGAGUGAUAAGGAAGAGAAAUUUAAGGCGAAUGUGCACAAGGACAAGGAUGGGAAUUAUCAUGUGAACAACAUGGUGCAGGAUCACUCCUAAUCUAAACAUGGUUUAUAAUGUUGACAAAGAGUGUUUUUUUUUUGUGUGAUAAAUAAUGGUUUGUAACUGCAUUAUACUUUCAUGACACCAUUAAGGGUAUGCACUACUACUAUGUAUGUUUUAUGGUUUGCGAUAGUUUAUUUCUUGGGUUCUUGAAUUGUUUGGAUUUUGAUUUCUAGUUCAUAAUCUGUUUUCCAUGAGUUUGGGUCUAAAAUUUUCGGA